CUUAAGACUGACAACCAUAAGGAGCAACGGCAGGUAGAAAGAGACAGAAAAUAAGAGGACAGUCGCUCUGUGUCAUGUUGGCAGAAGGUUUUCUCAGAGUGCUGCAUUACAAGGAGGAGAAAAGGUCUGCCUCCAAGAAACAGAGAUCACAGACUCCCUGUACAGAUUCCUUCAGAAGCUGUAUUCUCUCUGAGUCAAUCUCCACAGACCUACAGGCAGAGUCAGCAGAAACAGCUCUAAACCAGGAUGAACUAGAUCCCAACCAAUUCCAGGGCCUGAAAGUGUUGCCUCAAGGACCUGCAGGCCUAUCAAUCCCUGGGUGUCCCCCUGUCCUCCAUCUGGACCAUGACCUCACAUUGGGCUUACAGGACUGUAGCCUCCUGGAGCAGUACCCAGACCUGCAGGUUGCCGACAGCGGUCGCAUCUCCUACAUGACGCGCACUAUCCCCCAGCACAAGGAAGACUCCUGGCAAUACCAAAGAGUAGGUGUUAGUUGGGCAGCCCAACAGGGGCCACAAGGCAACCACCAUGCCUCCAUACCAGACCAGGGGUAUCUGGUCAUGGGGGCCAACAGUGUGAACAUCAGCAUGGAUCUGCCCGGGUCAGGGUUGGAGCCGAUGUCUAACUCGGUGCUGAACGGGCUUCUGGAGAAACAGCUGGAGGAGGUGUACAUGCAGCAUCUGACUGACAACUUGGCUCGAUGUCACUCCCACCUGGGGAACAGCCUCCUGCACGGCCUGGUUCCUCUGCCUGGGACCCAGCCUCAGGGCCCGGACUCACUGGAGGCCGGUCUGGAGCAGGGGUCAGGAGGGGACGGCGGCAAGAAGAUUAGUUAUCUGAGCACUCAGAACUUAAAUCCCUGCUCGUCCAACUUCAGCUCCCCGGUGCUGAGGAUUUCAGAAGCUGACAGUACUUACCUGCAAUGAAUCACUCCUGCAAAAGAAUGAAAUGUGACGCUCCACUGGGCUUUUUUGCUUGUCUUACCUCCAAGUUUGCAUAUACCCAAACGCAACUAAAACAUGACAAAUAAGUGCAGUUUAGUUAAUCAAUGCAUGCUUUUAUUUUGGUUUACCUUUGUUUACUUGCUUGAUAAAAUAUGCCUCAAAUGUGCCUGCUCUCAUGUGCCAUCUGCUGUCAGCUUUGAAGAACUGCAGCAUCCUACUUUUCCAUGAUACACAUUGGAAUGUAUUGACAUAUAAGAGGGCGUGUGACGUAUUUAGUUUUUUAAGGCAAAGUCUAAUCCAGUGAUAUAUUUAGAUUUACAAUGCACAUUGAAUUUGCCUUGUAAAUAUUGAUUUAGAGAAAUAAAACUAGUUACCAGUUUGCAAAUAAUAAAUUGUAUCUAAUUCUGCUGUUUUUAUUAUAAAUGUGGUCUUUUAUUCUGAAUAAAUAACAUUUUCAAAUUCAA